CACCCUGACUUCCUGUGGGUGAGUGCUUAUUUUAAUUAUUAUUAUUUCCUCCAUUUUUUUAUUUUUUUUAUUUUUUAUCAAAAGACCUUUGCUCUCAGAUGUGGACAAUGGCUUCAAUAUGAUUAACUGAGUUAACAUUUCAACACCCGUUUUUGUUACAUAUUAUUAUAUAUAGCUUGUAAUUCACUGUACAUUCACUAUUAAUGUUACAGUACAGCUGGAUUUUUCUGAUUAGCACGUACAAAGGGUUCGGUGUUGAACUCAUACAGCAUUUUUUUAUGAUUCCACAGUAAGGGGUCCUGUCCCUCUGGGCGCAGCUCUGUCAAUCCUAUUGUCUCCUGCGGUUUCACACGUGGUCCACUGCAUAAAGGGCGUCUGGCUGGAAGCUUAAACUUGAAAAGCAGCCAUCACAGUCCAUCCCUUCACAUCUGCUCAAUGAGGCGACAAGGUCUCAUACAGAGGCUGGAUGGACAGGACAGGAGCAGUUCACUUUGUCUCUGCCGUAGGGAGGAGAAACCCACCGACUGACCAGUACACCACUGGAGCCAUCACUUUACCAAGAGUUAAGAAUCCAUCAUGGGAGACUGGAGCUUGUUAGGAAAUAUUUUGGAAGAAGUGAAUGAACAUUCAACUGUAAUUGGCCGUAUUUGGCUCACGGUGCUGUUCAUAUUCCGCAUACUUAUCCUCGGAACGGCAGCAGAGUUUGUAUGGGGUGAUGAGCAGUCCGAUUAUGUGUGUAACACAAAACAGCCUGGAUGCGAGAAUGUAUGUUAUGAUGAGGCGUUCCCUAUCUCCCAUAUUCGCCUAUGGGUGCUGCAGAUUAUAUUUGUAUCUACGCCCUCAUUGGUUUACAUAGGUCAUGCGGUUCACCAUGUCCACAUGGAAGAAAAACGGAAAGAGAUGGAGAAUGUAGAGAUUCAACACCAGCAAGAAAUAAACAGCAAACAGUUUGCUGUCACGGCAGGUCGAGAAACUGUUCAAAUGACUAAAGACACUAGCACUGAUGGAAGUAAAAACUUUCGUCUGGAAGGCACUCUACUCUGCACUUAUAUAUGCCAUAUCAUCUUCAAAAUUCUGUUUGAGGUGGGAUUUAUUGUGGGUCAGUAUUUUCUAUAUGGCUUCAACAUCCUUCCACUGUACAAGUGUAGCCGCUGGCCCUGCCCUAACACGGUGGACUGUUUUGUCUCGCGACCAACUGAGAAAACCAUCUUCAUCAUCUUUAUGCUAGUUGUUGCUUGUGUCUCACUCCUCCUGAACAUUGUGGAGAUUAUCCACCUAUGUGUGAAAAAGAUUUCAUAUGUCUGCUGUCAGACAGCUUCAGCCCAGGUUGAGACUCUUGCCUUUAAUGAAAGAAGCUUACCAUUCCUCCUUAGUCCUGCCUUUCAUAAGCCAAAAGGUUACAGGCAACUUGAAGAGGAUAGAAAAGAGGGGGAAGUUGCACACAUCUACCCACUAGCUGAAGCAGGGGUAGAGGAAGAGCAGAUUUAUUCUCUAUCUCAGCAGGUGGAGCAGAAGACCAAAAAGGAGGUAGUCGUCCCUACAGCGCCCCCUGUGGAGGAGUCAGUGAUUUAUGAUAAGAAAAUCCCAGCUUUUACUGAAGUCACCAAGACUUUUCUUGAGCUACCAACAACCGAAGAGGAGAAGUUUAGAAAAGAGGAUGAGGUGGACGCUUCUAUACUUAUGAUUCCCUUGCAUGUGGGACAGGGAAAGCGGUCAAAAAAAGAAUGCAUUGAGGAGACACAGCCAAUUGGUGAUAUGAAACAAAGAGAUGUACAGCAAACUAUAGGAGACCUAGUUAGAAAUGACAAAGUGACAGAACACCAAAUGGAUGUCGAGAUUAAGACAGGACAGAGUGGAUCAGAAGAUUUUGAAGUAAUUGUGGAAGAUCCAGAAAAGGCUAAUGGAUUGGGAGUACUUGGGCAAGUAAGAGAAAAUGUUGAGGAUGUUGGAGAACUACCAGAAAAUGCUGAAACAGUUGUAGAAGUUCCAGAAAAUGUUCUAGAAGAUUUUGAGGUAGUUGUGGAAGAUCCAGAAAAGGCUAAUGGAUUGGGAGUACUUGGGCAAGUAAGAGAUAAUGUUGAGGAUAUUGGAGAACUACCAGAAAAUACUGAAACAGUUGUAGAAGUUCCAGAAAAUGUUGGGGAGAGUUUAGAUAUAUCAGAAAAAGUUAAAGAGGUUGUUCGAGUACCAGAAAAUUUUGAAGCAGUGGUAGAAGUACCAGAAAUUUUUGAGGACAACGUAGAUAUAUUAGAAAAUAUUGAUAAGGUUGUGGGAGUACCAGAAAAUGUUGAAACAGUUGUAAAAGAACCAGAAAAUGUUGAGGAGAAUGUAGAUGUUCCAGAAAAUAUUGAGGAGUAUGUGGAAGAACCAGAAAAUGUUGAAACAGUUGUAAAAGAACCAGAAAAUAUUGAGGAGAAUGUAGAUGUUCCAGAAAAUAUUGAGGAGUAUGUGGAAGCACCAGAAAAUGUUGAAACAGUUGUUAAAGAACCAGAAAAUAUUGAGGAGAAUGUAUUUGUACCACAACAUAUUGAGAAGGUUGUGGAAGUACCAGAAUAUGUUGAGGAGGUUGUAGAAGUACCAGAAAAAGUUGAGAAGGUUGUGGGAGUACCAGAAUAUGUUAAGGAGGUUGUAGAAGUACCAGAAAAAGUUGAGAAGGUUGUGGGAGUACCAAAAAAUUUUGAUGAAGUUGUAGAAGAACCAGAAAAUUUUGAGGACAAUGUAGAUAUACCACAAAAUAUUGAGGAGGUUGUGGAAAUACCAGAAAAUGUUGAGGAGGUUGUGGAAGUACCAGAAAAUAUUGAGGAGGUUGUAGAACUCCCCAAAAAUGCUGAAGAUGUUGUCAAAGUAGUAGAAAAUUUUGAACCGGAACUCCCAAAAAAAGUUGAAGAGGUUGUAACAAAAAAAUUCAAGAAGGUUGUAAAAACACCAGAAAAUAAUGACCUGGGUUCAGAAAUUCCAGAAAAUGUUUAUGAGUUUGUUCAUGUUCAAGAAAACAUUAAGAAGCUUGUAGAAGAUCUUGAAAAUCCUGAAAAGUUUGUAGAUGUUCCAGAAAAGAUUGAGGACCUUGUUAAUAUUCAUGAAAACAUUAUAAAGCUUGUAGAAGAUCCUGAAAAUACAGAAAUGUCUGUGGAGUUUGUGGAAUUACAAACGGAAUAUCUAGUAAGUAAAGAGCUGACAAACACAGAUGAGCUUACAGAUGAUUCUCAGAGCUUCUCUUUAGAAGAAGAGAAAUCUGUAGAUCACUCAAGGAAGGAGAAACCUUUAGAGGUGAUUCUAUCUGUAUGGGAGGAGGAUGUAUCUAGGGAAAUCAAGAGGUCAGACAUACCCGAGGGUGCAGAAGAGACACUCAAUUUAGAGUUAAGUGCAGAGGGACCCAAAAUAGAAAAUUCAUCUAAGGUGGAGUCAAUAGAGGAUGGAGUCAGUACAAAGGAAGUAGUAGAUUUCGCUGAUGCUGUGGACACAGGCAAUUUAUUCAAGAUGGGCAAUCCAGAGGAGGUUAAAAGCCCAGAAGUCCAAGACAUUGGAGAGAACACUGGCGAUACUGGAAUAGUGGAGAGUUUAGAAUUGGAGGUUAGAUUGCCAGAAAUGCAGAUGCUUAAAGACACAAUUUCAGUCCCUAGUCUUAUACCUCUGGAAUUGGGAGCAACGGGGACAGUGGAAGACGCAAGUGCAGUGAGCGGUCUUAGAACAGGGAGUAGCAGAGCGAGGUCAGAUGAUCUUACAAUAUAAAUGAUUGAUUUAUACAUGAGCUGGAGCAUAGAUAUUUUAACACUAAAAAAGCAAAGAAACAAUAACGAGUAUUUUGUGUUUUCUUCCUCAUUUAUUAUUUCAUUUCACUAGGUUUUUGAAAACAGAUUUGUGAUAUUUUUGUUCUUUUUAUGCUAACUGAGGUCCAACUUCAAUUAGGAGUUAUUAUUAGAUCAUGUUUAACUUUUAUGUACAUAUUGGAUUGAGUGAUUUUAGUCUAUUUAUAUGCCAUCUAGGUAAAAACCUGAUUUAAAAAAGAAAUGAGAAAAAUUGCAUGAAAAAAAGCAACAUUAGCCAUGAGCUGCUAGAACAGAUUCAGUGCCUGAACAUUGACUAUGCAAAACUCAGGAACUGCUGGUUCAAAAAAAUGUUCCUCUAUUCCAAUGUUCCUCAAUAAAUUGGGUUACGAUCUGAUUAGUGUGAAAUUUACAGUAUAGUAUAUGACUUACAUCAUUUUCAUACCUUUCAAACCACCAUUCAUGCCUUGAAACUUCGCCUUGUUGAUGGGAACACUGGUCAGGCCAAAACGUUUCAUCAUCAGAUGUGUACUUUGUACAGAUUUGAGGUUACUUAAGCAGCAUAACAGAGACACCAGAUCUUCAUUUUUGUCUGUGCAAUAAAAUCUGUGCCUCUCUUUAAAUAACUUCUUCACUGCUACGUUCUUGAAAAACAGGCAACAUGAUGCACCUCUUACAGAACAUAUAGCUUACUGUCUAAACACUUGUUUCCUCAAUGAAAUGUACUUACUCAUUAACUUGUUUUGUUAGGCCAGAAGUUAUGCUGGCAUUUCAUUCAUGGGCAAAUCCCCUUAGCAAAAACACUGCUAACAAAUCAGCACUCAGUACUGCACUCCUGCAGAAACUGAAAACCUUCUCUGGUAACUGAACACACUUACUGUAAUGUGAGGUUUUUAUUACAGUAAGUGUACAGACAGAAUAAUUUUUUAGACAGU